CGACGGUUGGUCUGGUGCGGGGUCCAAAUUUGCCUACAGCAUGCUCCAUUGCUCAUUUCUCAUUGCUCAUACCUCACCAACACACAUGUACUAAAGGGUCGUACACACGAAACACCCACGAAAAACACAAAAAAACAAAACCCGGCCUCGGCUGCAUAGAGCUAGACAUCACACACACACAACAUACGCCCACACCCAACGCGCUAAACCCGCCAACACAUUUACCAUCUCACUCAGCCGGCCCCUGUGUGGCUAACUCGGUCGCUGCGUCAUCAGGAAACAUGUCGACAUCAAACCUAUACGCAUAUCGGUGCAGCUGCCUGCCCGAACGCAGCGCCUCACUGGCCCUCUCUGCCUCCUCUUGGUUCAGCUCCUGCCGUCCAUCCCACAUCAGACGGAUGCCGUGGCACAGAGAGAGCUCUCUCACUCUCAUCUCGUACCCCGGCAGCCUAUCGCGGAGCUCCCCGCGCAGCCCGGCCCUCCGCACGGCGUGGGUGUGGUCGUACAUCUGCGCGAAUGUCUGCUUGACAGCGUCCGUGUCUCGGGGCUGCCUGAAGUGGUCUGCCGAUAUGAGCACGUUCGUCAGGUGGGCCUCGGCGGGAGCGACGCACCGGAUGAAGCGACAGAUGGACGUGAGCUCCUCGCGCACCUGAUGACACAGAUACAACCCAGCAACACGUGUGCGGCCAUUUUGGGCGCUUUUCCCCUCUUCUCACCUGCACAUCAUCUUGUGCGAUGUCCGCAAAGACGUUGGUCUUGACGGCCACAGUGAAGCGAGUGAUCCUUCCGUAGUCACGCGCGAGGGCGGGAGGAGGCACAAUGACGACUGGCAGUUCGUAAUGGCCCAACCUGUAUCCCAGCUGCCCCGUCACCUGCAUCUCGACCUCCUGCAGUGGCUGGUCAUCUGGCCCCCUUCCGGCGGACACAUAGGCCAGCAGCUCAGACGCCAUGAUGCCUUCGAUGGAACGCAUGGUGACGCGCUCGACGGACGGCAGUCUCGACAAAAGGCUGCUCAGCGGGUUCGGUGUGGAAGGGACGAAGAGGCUGCCUGGCGGCUGGUUCGCGUAGCCGACACUGCAGAGCUCGAGGUCCGUGACGGCCGCCAGGGCACCGUCCUCGCCGAGCCAGUCAGGGAGUGACGCAAAUGAGAGCUCGUCAGUGUCGGAGUCGGGGUUCUGGUAUGCCACCUCGAGGCGCUUGACGUCGCCAAAGGCCACAUCGCGGAAAAGGGGGCUGAUUGCUGGUGCGUUGUCGCCGUUGUCAUAGAAGACCUUCACCUCACUCCCACCUCUGCUGUGCCGCUUGAUGCUCUCCACCAACGCCUCUUGGGCAGCCGACGGCACGGGUGCGCCGGGCGGGGGGUCGGGCAGCCCGUGUUCCCGAUAGGUGGACGUGCAGUCCAAGAUGGCUUGCCUCCGUCCCUGACGACAUCCCAGCCCCUCUUCUCUGCCGUCUGGAUGAGAUGCAGGGUUGUGGUGCGCCCCGGGGCCGAUAUGCUGUACGGCAGACUGGGGUCGACUUUGAUCGGACAGAAGAGACGAAGCUGCCGCCUGUUUGGUGGCUGUCUGGUGUACGGGGCCGUGCUGCUGCUGCUGCUGUUGCUGCUGCUGGUCUGUGGGUGAGAUGGGGGGUGCGGAGAGAGGUGUCGCAGGAGGGCCUCGGCCACUGCUGCCGGUCGGCGCUGCCAAAAGACAUCGGCCGUCAUGACGUUGCCCGCGUUCUGCAGGUAGGACGAGAGAUGAUCCGACGAUAUGUCAUCAUGGUACAUCAGCAGAUGGCCGAGAUGCUGCAGCUUCGUUCCGGUGUUGCGCAGGGCACCCACAGUCCGGCGCAUGUCGAUGGUCGGCGUGGCGCGGUUGGAUGGGUGCCCUCCCCCGCUGUACGCCGAGGGAUGGCCCUCGUCGAUCACCAGGGGAAAGACGUUGAGAUGCCUCAAAUCGGGAGAGGAGCCGAUGAUGUGCGCCAGGCCGACAUCGAGAGCCGUGAUGUUGAGGGAGUCAUGGAGAUGCAGCCGCAUCUGUGUCUCAAACAGGCCCAUGAACGACUCAGUGGUGAGCAGCCGGCCAGACAGACGACGGAGGGCCGGGAAGACGCACCGGUGCCGGUAGAGCAUCAGCAGUGCCUCCACGCUGUUGACCUUCAAUGACGUGACGGCGGGGAACACGACAUAGUCAUCCCCUUCGAGCUGCGAAACAUCAGCCCCACCAGCCUGGCGCUCGCUGACAGUCUCCUUCCCCCCGUCACGCCCGAGCUGGAUAAUCUUGAUCUCCUUGAGAGUCUCGCGGUGCUGCAGCAGACUGCCUAUGGAACGCUCAAACACCGACUCUCGCACACUCGUCAUCUUGGCCGGCAUGACCACAAGUGCCCGCUGCCCGCCACCUGCUGCACCGUCACCAUCACUGCCGCCACCAGCUGAGCUGCUACACAACGCGUCGGCAUUCUGUCCGCUGACCGCAUUGUUGACGACACAGAUGAGGCCACGGAUAGCAUGGUUGACGGCGCGGCAGACGGCCGUCAACGACAGACGCUCCCUCGUAGCGAAGAAGGCGCAGAUCUGCCACAAGAGGGUCCGGCAAUCCAGCACAGAGAUCAGGCCGGGCGGCGGUGCUGCUUGGUCUGCUUCGCCAGUCACGUCAGGCCUCUGCAUGCUGGGAAUCUUCCACCAACUAGCGACGACAGAGAAA